GUGCGAGUUCUGUUCCAUUUCCUGCGUUGCCAGGGGGACGAACGUAAACAAAACUCUUCAAAAAGCUGAUGGCAUUCGUGUUGAGCAGAACGAUGUAUAAACCCUGGUAAGAAACGUCUGAAAUAAUGUUCUCUCAUUACGCAUACUAGAAAGACGGGCCAGUGUAAAACUACAGUAACAGUGUUUUGAAAACGUUCUGUUUGAGCCUUUGCUUGUUCUCGAUACCAUGGCAUUGCACCACAGCGCUUAAGUUGCUGUAUCCUCCCUGACCAGCGUGUGAUCUGUUUUCGUAAUGGCCACCGAUGCAGUGAACGUUUUGAUGAUUAAUAAGUGCAUCUACAUUCUGCAACCUACAUUAUAAGCAUGGCAGACGCCCAGGACAGUGUUCCAUCCUUGGGCUUCAACCACAGGCGGAUACACAGCAAUGCAGGCAAACUAUAUAGAGGAUUUAGAUUUAAAACAGAAAUACCUUCGAUUCCCUCAAAAUAUCAAACAGUGGUCAUCUGCAACACAGAAAGGAAAGGGUUCACUUCUCAAACUAAAAGAUUCCUCUAUGAAACCAACCAGAAUGAAAAUCCAGGCCCAGGAUCUUAUGACUUUACCCAUGGACCAGCUGAGAUCAUCAGCACCUCUUUUUCAAAGAAAGGAACUUCCAGCUUUGCAUCCAAGGCUGCCAGACAACCUCGAAAUGCCAUCCAAAAAACUCCAGCAGCCAAUGCUUACAGAAUUAAGUCUUCGCUGAUGUCCCAGAAGAACAAUUUUGGCAAUUCCAGCAUGUUUAAGAAGCCAAUUGCAGUUAAUGUUGAGAAACUGAAGAAGAGCAGUCCAGCACCCAACCAAUAUGAUGUAUCCAAAGGCAACAUUGGAAUGAGUAACAGUGUCGCAGCUCAAUCAGCCUUUUUAUCCAAAACUAAAAGAGAACACACCCCUCGAAGAAACCUCAAAGUGCCCUCCCCGUGCCAUUACAACGUCAACUAUUCCCUCAUUGAAGCAUCGCCAAAAGUUGCAGUUUCUUGCUUCAAGUCAACCACAAUGAGAGGACGAGCUGCUGAUCAAGCACUAAACCCAGGGCCUGGAGCCUACAAUCCGUAUGAGGCGCCUGAGCCAGUGAAAAAGAUCGUCUUUCCAAAAAGGCAUUAUCUCAGUAUUUCUGCGCCUGCCAUGCAAAUACCCAAGAUGCCUCCUCCUCCUGCACCAGGGCAGUAUGAAAUUGUAGAUUAUUUUGGACCUCCUAAGCAUUACAUGUCGAGUGCAGUGUUUGUAUCCAACACAAGCCGCUGGACAGGAGACACCCAUGGAAAGGGACUGCCUGGGCCAGGUUAUUAUGAGCCGGAGAAGCCAACAAAACAGUCUUUUCUGUACAACUUCUGUAACAAGUGGGUUCCUCCUUGAGAAGAUUUCUGUGCAGUGGAGAGGAUUGCAGCACAGUAACUCACUGAAGAGCUGCUGUCUUACCAGAAGCCUUUCAAUUCCUCAUCCUGAACAUUAAACAAACAAACAAACAAAUAAGCUUAUAUGUUACCACUAUCCAGAGACCUAUAAUCCCCUGCAGCAAUGUUUUGUCACAAAUGGUCCCUAAUCAGUUUGCCUAUAUUUAUACUCAAUUGGUUCAUGAUAUCAUAAGGCAGGUCCAAAACUACCUUGUUUGGAAAUGCAACCUGUUGCCACCAAACAACUAGUUGUGGACCGUUUGCAAGCUUUAGCACAACUGGUUUGGUUGAAAAGAGCAGGGUUCUAGUUUAGAGUGAUCAACUCAAGCGAAUUUUAUGUGUCUAUUUUCUGAUUGACUGUUUUCCAUGGUGCCUGCUAUUUCACCGGACGAGCAAGCUAGCAACUUACCCUAAGGUAUUUAUUUUUAAAAUUAUUAUUAUGGAGCCGCUAUUUCUCAAUAAAUAACUACAGUUAUCACAGAUUGUGUUAUUUGGAUAGCAGUGCCAUAGUGGAAAAUGAGCCCAAAGGUAAGUUGUACAACUAGCUAGGUGCAGAGCUAGCUUCAUACAGAGAAUGCACUGACUGGGAACUAUAGGAUAGCUGAGCUGAGUAACAUGUUAUAAUUUAUCUAGUAUAACCCUGUUUGAAUCAAUGAUAAAGCUUCCUUUCUCAAAUGAAAAUAGUUAAUAAAUAAAAUGUGUACAUUGAAUGGAAUAUAUAUUUUGAGUGAAGUUAAUCAAAUAAAUCUAUGAAUUAAGAAAGUUUCCGUUUGUGCUGAUAGUUUGGAUUUAUUAUACUUUUUUUUUCUUUUUUGCAAAGAGGCUUGGUGGUCAGGUGGUUAAAUAAAGGGGGUUUUGUUACCAGGAGGUUCCAGGUUCAGUCCCAGCUCAGCCACUGACUCCCUGUGUGUGAUCGUGAGUAAGUCACUUA